AUGGACGACAAUAACCGUCGACGAAGGCAAAAUGAGCCGCCGUAUCCCCCUCAGGAUCCCAGAUAUACACCAGAUCAGAGUCAAGGCCGUGGAAUUCCAAAUUCCAUACCGGGUAGGUAUCGUCCCGGAGGGACAGGGUCGCCAUCAAUGAGCCGUGGAGUUGGACAAGCCCCAGCAUAUUCGUAUGGUGGCUACGAGCCAACCUCGAAUUUUUCGACAGGAAUUCCUCCAAAUCCCAUGCAAUACCCCUCCAAUUAUCCUUCGGAUCAAAGACAACAGCAAGGCUUCUCAGAUUACAAUACUGGGUUGAUGUACCCCAAUAACGUCACACAACAAACUCCACAAAAUAACAUUUAUGACGGUUCGCAAUUUCAGGGACGGCAACCUGCAUCAAUGCAAAUGAUACCCGAUGUGGCCGCCCCUUUCAUCCAAAAUGACCCAACCAGUACUCCGGCGACUCAAAAUUAUGCUUCCUCGAACUCGUCUACCCCAUAUCAACAACACCAGCAAAGCCCAGGAGACCGCACCACGUUGAUCCAACAAUCAUAUUCUGGAUCCGUAGGACUAGGCGCAAUGGCUCAAGCACCUGGAACGGCCGAUGGUAUGGACGCCGGAAACCUGCAGCCCCAAAAUCCACAUGUGAUGGAGGAAGCUUAUUUGACGUACCAGACUGCUCUCAAGCAGAUUUUCAAAAAUAUUAUUGAUCUUCGUCUUGCAGAAGCGGGCUCUUCUUUACUUGAAGUUUCUGAGUGGCUACUAGGACACGUAACAGAAUUGGGCCUCACUGUAGACGAAACUGCGCUUCAUGCCGAUCGCAUUCAACUAUGGAACGAAUUUAACGCGGCAUGGUUAAGCAUUUUCACCAGACAACACGACUUUCUUGAAUCCGGUCAGCGAAAACAGGAACAGCAAACGCUCAUGUCUUUGGAUUUUAUUAACAAAAUGGGAACCAACUUAACGCGACUGUGCGAUUCGGUCGAGAAAUAUGGUUUGGUGGAUUAUCAAUAUGGAGUCGGAGAGUCGCAAAUUAUUGAUAUUCUUUUGAGCUGCCAAAAACUCCAAGAAGAACUCGAAGCAUCCGGAGCCUCUAGCGGAGGCGCAUCCUCAUCGAUCGCAAACUCAAACGUCGGUCGUGCGCCACCAUGA